UGCACAUUGCAAACGUUCAGUACUCAAGUUCCUUUUGCGAAUUUCAUUUGUUUCUAUUUCAGGGAAAUGCAUUUGGGUUUAUGCAAGAGCGGCCGUAAAGUUGAUUGUAUUUAUUUACAGCCCACGUGGCCGUUAAAUCCCUAUUGACUCCAACAUGCUGGCACAUUUGGAUCUCACUGUUCUGGUAAUUUUAUUGGAUUUAUGUGUUUUCGCAUUCCUGGUGCGGUUUAUGGGGUUGUUGGGUUCGUAUUUAUGGUUUGGGAGUGUCAUAAUUUUGUUGACACUGAACGUGGUUAUAAUAUCAUUGGGUGAUAAGAUUGAUAUGCCAAUACAAAAAAUUCCAAUAGCACCGAACGAAGCAUCAUUCCUUGAAAGUAAAGAUGUUUUACUGCAAAUGCUAGAAAAGAAAUUAAAAGAAAUUAAAGAACACAAGAAAUUAAAAAAUGGCAACGGUGAUGUUUUGCCAAAGAACGUAGAUUUCAAUCUGAAAUCUAAUGGAAUUAGUGUUGUUGGCGAAGCUGAGCUGCUUCUGCGAUACGGCAGUAACGGCCCAGGACUAGUAAAUAUGACUGCCGAAGGCAUAUCCAACGUGGGAAGAGUGCAGCUUCUUUUAGGAACUGGUGAUAAUGGCUUACGCAUACCUGGUCUCAGUAAUCUGUUCUCUGGUUCAUCAGUCCGAUCCGGAGAUAAAAAUUACGACAAUCAGCUACAACUUCUCAGUCAGAAUGAUGUUAAUUUUGGAUUCAGAAGGCAAACUAACGUCUCAAGUGGUAAUAAUACUGAAGAUAAAGUAAAUGAAGCUGCAGAAACAGUUGAUGCUGUAAAAGAUGAUAAAGCUAUAAAAUUAGAUGAAAAAGAUAAAGCAGAAACACUAAACGAUACAGCAAUAUACAAAACAACGGUUGUAGCUAAAGGCGACUAUGUACCGAUAGUACCAAAAGCAAACGAUACUUCAGCCAAUGUUGCAAGUAGCAGCCCCGUUGCAAACUCGGAUCCUCCUUUUAAAAGUGACACUGUUUCUGUUAACGAUGUGGCAAAUAAUGGAGAAAGUGUAAACAAAGUUAAGUAAAUUAUCAAAAAUAUAUAUUUUU